AUGGGAGAACUUAAACCAGAAUCUGUUGAGAAGUACCUGGAGAACAAUCCCCAGUUUGCUAAGGAAUAUUUUGACAAAAAGCUUAGGGCAGAGGUACUGGGGGCAGCCUUUUCAGGCUCCAAGGUGGAACUAAACGAUGGAGCUUCCAUAAAGGAUGUUUCUCAGGUGGAAGAAGCUACAUACAUCUUUGAACUGGUUAGCGAAAUCCAGGAAUUAGGUAACAUGGAAAAGACGAUUCACAAAGUGUUGCAGAGAAUGGCAUUGUUAUUAAAAGCAGACAGGUGUAGUAUGUUCUUGUGCAGGUCUAGAAAUGGCAUUCCUGAGUUAGCUACUACUCUUUUCAACGUUACUUCAACAUCCAGCUUUGAGGAAACCCUUGUUUCACCCGAAUCCGAGAUAGUCUUUCCUUUGGACGUGGGAAUUGUGGGAUGGGUUGCUCAUACAAAGAAGACUUUCAACAUUCCUGAUGUGAAAAAGAACACCCAUUUUAGUAGCUUUGUUGAUGAAAAGACUGGAUUUACCACUACUAGCAUGAUGGCGACUCCCAUUAUACACGGGAAAGAAGUUCUGGCUGUGAUAAUGGCACUGAAUAAGAAGGAUGCCCCCGAGUUUACAAAAGCCGAUGAGCAGCUCUUCGUCAAAUAUCUUGGCUUUGUGGAUAUAGUGUUAAAGUUUCAUCACACAACAUACCUGCAUAAUGUGGAAUCCAGGAAGAGCCAGGUGCUUCUCUGGUCUGCUAGCAAAGUUUUUGAGGAGCUAACGGAUAUCGAGCGGCAGUUUCACAAAGCGCUGUACACUGUCCGAGCCUACCUCAACUGUGAACGCUAUUCUGUUGGCCUGCUCGAUAUGACCAAAGAGAAGGAAUUCUAUGAUGAAUGGCCAAUAAAACUUGGAGAAGCAGAGCCAUACAAAGGACCCAAGACCCCAGAUGGCAGAGAAGUCAACUUCUAUAAGAUCAUUGAUUACAUUUUGCAUGGAACAGAAGAAAUUAAAGUAAUACCGACACCACCGGCAGAUCACUGGUGUCUUGUUAGCGGUCUUCCAACUUAUGUAGCAGAGAAUGCAUUUAUCUGUAACAUGAUGAAUGCAUCAGCUGAUGAAUAUUUCACAUUUCAGAAAGAAGCUGUUGAUGAAUCAGGCUGGAAAAUUAAAAAUGUGCUAUCUUUGCCAAUCGUCAACAAAAAAGAAGAAAUUGUAGGAGUUGCCACAUUUUACAACAGGAAAGAUGGGAAGCCAUUUGAUGAAUAUGAUGAACAAAUCACUGAAACACUUACACAAUUUCUUGGCUGGUCUGUACUCAACACAGACACCUAUGACAAACUCAACAAGAUGGAAAACAGAAAAGACAUUGCCCAGGAAAUGCUUAUGUAUCAAACCAAAUGCACGAAUAAUGAACUUCAGUCUAUCUUGAAUACAAAGGAGAAGUACAACUCAGAGCCUGAAGACUGUGAUUCAAAGGAACUAGUCAAGCUGCUGAAAUCCAACCUUCCUGAUCCCAAAGAUGUAGAGCUUUAUGAAUUCCACUUUAGUGACUUCCCGGUUACUGAAUUUGACCUCAUCAAAUGUGGGAUACGCUGCUUUUAUGAAAUAAAUGUGGUUGAAAAGUUUAAAGUACCGGCAGAAGUAUUAACACGAUGGAUGUAUACUGUUCGUAAAGGAUAUCGUGAUAUUACAUACCACAACUGGAGACACGGGUUUAACGUGGGGCAGACAAUGUUCACAUUACUGAUGACUGGUAGAUUGAAAAAAUAUUACACAGACCUUGAGGCGUUUGCCAUGGUCGCAGCAGCUUUCUGUCAUGAUAUUGAUCACAGAGGAACAAACAACUUGUACCAGAUGAAGUCUGCAUCACCAUUAGCCAAACUGCAUGGGUCCUCCAUUUUGGAAAGGCAUCACCUUGAGUACAGCAAGACGUUAUUAGAAGAUGAGAGCUUGAACAUCUUCCAGAAUCUUCAAAAACGUCAGUUUGAAACUGUCAUUCACUUGUUUGAAGUGGCUAUCAUUGCAACUGAUCUUGCAUUAUAUUUUAAAAAAAGGACAAUGUUUCAGAAGAUUGUAGAUGCCACAGAAAAAAUGGAGACGGAAGAGGAGCAAAUAAAAUAUGUCACAAAUGACCCCACCAAGAAGGAAAUUAUUAUGGCUAUGAUGAUGACUGGAUGUGACUUAUCUGCCAUUACCAAACCAUGGGAGGUACAGAGUAAGGUGGCACUUAUGGUAGCAAAUGAAUUUUGGGAGCAAGGAGAUCUGGAAAGGACAGUUCUCGAGCAGCAACCUAUACCUAUGAUGGACAGGAAUAAGGCUGAUGAAUUGCCGAAGCUGCAAGUUGGAUUCAUCGACUUUGUGUGUACAUUUGUAUACAAGGAAUUUUCAAGGUUUCACAAAGAAAUCACGCCAAUGUUCUCAGGUCUUCAAAACAACAGGGUUGAAUGGAAAGCAAGAGCCGAUGUUUAUGAAGAAAAAAUGAAAGCCAUUGAGGAGGAAAAGAAGAAGAGAGAAGAAGAAGCAGCCAAAAAAGGUUUAAUGCCCUUUUACAGUUUUAAAUGCAACCACAGGCAUUCUGAAGACAAAAACAACAUAAAAUCACACAGAGAAUUAUUUGUUCAAGUUGUAUCUUUAAAUAACCUUAUACUUUAAUAUAAUUACACACAUUGCCUGGUAUAUAGUAGCAAAAAUUACUUUUCAGGGAAAUAAAGCUUCAAAUGUCCAUGGGCUACAGCACACAAAACACAUUAUCAGUAGCCUGUGAAGUAAUAGCUUUGGUUAUCAUAAACAAAACAUGAAUGUAAAAUGUGAUUUAAUAUUCGGUUUAUGCUGUAUAUCAAAAGUAGGCACUACUAUAACUGUAAAGGUUACACUUGUUAAAUCAUACAUAAGCCUGCACCUACUGUAUAUCUGGUUUUACUCUAGCAUAUAUUGCUGAAAAAAUAUUAAUAUCUGAUAAUGCACCAUGAAAGAAAGAGAGACAGAUUGAUCAAUCCAGCAAUAGAUAUACUGUACAGAGUAUAGUAAAUAGAAAUUAAGUGAAAUGUCAGUUGCUCU